AUGUCCACGUACUCGCCGCUGUUCGUCGGCAUUGCUGGCGCGUGGUUCCAAGCGGCGGUCAUCCUCGUCACGGAAAUCGCCUAUCCCUCCCACCGGUCCUUUGUCACUGCCAUCUUCAUGUGCCAAUACUAUGUUGGCUCGUUGCUCUCAGCCUGGCUGGCUUUCGCGACUCGUAAUCUUGCAACUUGUUACCUCACGCUCAUCCUCAACACCAUCGGCAUCACCUCCACAACCCAGCAAACCCUCAUCAACGGCUUCCUCCAGCUCUGGAAUCUACUAAUGAGCAUAGUCGGUGCAUGUCUCGUCGACCGUGCCGGCCGCCGCACGCUCUUCCUCGCAUGCACAACAAUCAUGCUCGCCAGCUACAUUCUCAUCACCGCGCUCUCCGGCAGCCUCAAAACAACCGGGACCAGCGCCGUCGGCACAGCCGUGAUCCCAUUCUUGUUCAUCUACCACGCGGGCUACAACAUCGCCUUCACGCCGCUGAUCCUCGCGUACCCGGCGGAGAUCUGGACGUUUUCGCUGCAGGCCAAAGGUGUGGCAAUUUCUGCGAUUGAGAACUAUCUGGCGCUGCUCUUCCAUCAGUUUAUUAACCCCAUUGCCUUUGAGGCUAUUUCUUGGAAGUACUAUUUUGACUUUUUGGUUAUCUUGCUUGCUAAAUUAGUUACUAUUUACACGACAUAUCCAGAGACGCAUGGUUAUUCACUUGAAGAGAUUGCUGUCAUUUUUGAUGGCGAGUCGGUACAUAUAUCGCCGAGAGCGGCCAGGAUGGAUGUCGAGAAGGAGCGAAUGGGGAAGAUUGAGCAUGCCGAAAAUGCAUGA